UGUUUUGCUGUCUGCCUACGUCAUCAACACGCGACAAGACGACCAUUGACACCAGAAGCAAAGAACAACCUGCUGUUUUUUCUUCCGUGGUUUCUUUUCAAUUUCACAAGCAUGGCCCCACAUAAAACCAUCCCCUGGUCCGUGAGCGAGGUAACACAGUUCCUCAUGCUGGUGUCCGACGAGAAGAUCCAACUGGAGCUGGACGGAACCAGGAACGAGAAAGUCUACCGAGAACUUGCCCAGCAAAUGGCUUCUUAUGGCUACGAGAGAACUUUCCGGCAGUGCAGAGAGAAGCUGAAGAAGAUGAAGAGCGACUACAGAGCCAUCAAGGAGAACAUCUCCCACAGGAAGGGCUGGAGAUGGUUCCCUCACAUGGACGCCAUCUACGGCCACAGGGACGCCAGGAGAGCCAGGGACGAUGGAGGUUUCCUGGAAGUCGUCAUUGAGGACGACUUGAGUCCAACGUUGGUGGAGCCGCCUAGCCCCCAAAGCAUCUCUGCCCCGCCGCCAGAAGCCCCGCCCACACCGUCACAGCCAUCCGAAGUGGAGACUGAGGAGGAGGAUAACAUCAGCACAAUGGCGCCGCCCACUCCCACGCUCAAACGCAGACGGAAAGGCACACGCGAGUCUGAGCUGGUGGCCGUCCUCCGCCAGAUCCACUCUGCCGACCUGAGGCACCACCGGGUGGAGGAGGCGCAGCAGGAGCGUGUCAUCCGCCUGCAGGAGCUGCAGUUCCAGCAGCGGUCCGAACACUUCCAGCUCGCCUUGGAGGAGAUGCGCUUGGCCAGAGAGAUGGAGGAGUCUCUGAGACGGGAGCAACUGGCGGCCACCAAUGCCUUCAAUCAGGCUUUUUUAGGCCUGGUCGGCAAGCUGCUGGAACGUUCCAGUCAGCAGUGAGGUGCUACAGACACACUUUGGGGGGACUCUUUUUUAUCCGCACAGUGACACAGACACUUUUUUUUAUUUAUAAGAUGAUGCUACGUGGAGGAAAGCUCUCUGAUCGACAGGGGAUCAGGUCCUGAAAAUGGAUAGAAGGAUGGUGGAGUGCAAUUCGCAAAACAAACACGAGAGGGCAGCAAAGGACUGUACAAACGGACAAUACUGUUUAGUUGUGACGUGGUGUGAUGUGGUUCUGUAAACUGGAGCAAAAAAGUGCAAUUUAAAGAGAAAAGGCCGAAAUGAUGACAAUAACUAAUAAUAACACAAAGCUAUGUCUCGGAAAAAAAAAUCAUUUUAGACGUUUUAUCCCCCUCCCCCAAAAAAAUACAAUCAAAAGUGCAUCCCUCCCUCAUCCCAUAUCUGAAUUUUUGAAUAACGGCUGGGAUUAUAUUGUGUACUGUUAAGUGUAUGUGUGUGUGUAUGUGAGGGGGGGGGUAGGAGGUUCUCAUCAGGAGUGUUUUAUUAAAUUAAACAAAUGGAAAAAGUAUGUAUUAACAGUUUGUACACAAAUAAGGGUUUACAAUCAGAAAAAAGCAACAUGCACAAAAUAGGUUAGUUCAGUUUUGUCCACUAGAGGGCGGCACAGAGCCAAGUGAAGCUAAGUCCACUAGAGGGCAGCAGAGAGCAAAGGCGCCCAUCAAAUGUAGAAUUCCUGGUCUUCUUCCUCAUCUUCUGUACAUUUCCCUACAGGUGUCUGGUGGUCGUCGCUGAUUGGCUGUACCUUUGGGUUAUUCUCUGAAAUGUCAGCAUUAGGAGGCGGGACGAUGUCUUCUGGCGGCGCCGGUGGAGGCAGAGACGCCUCCAGGGCCGUUUGGAUGUACGCGGACACGACAGUGAGGUCCACGCCGCCCGCUUGGACUCUAUUCCCCGUGUCCACGUCCGUCUCCUCGGCACCGAAGAGGGCGUCCACGUUGAGCCGGAAGGGCGGGAUGAGGGAGGAGCGCCUCUGCUGGCGGGGGCUGGCUGGGGAGGGGCCCGGCGAGGAGCAAGUGGAGCUGGUCGAGCCCAGGUUGGGCAGAGAGAAGAGGGAGUUGGAGCGCUGGCCCCGCCCCCUGGACGGCUGGCACCAGUCACGCCAGAACCACUCCCCCUCUCCCUCCCCGUUGUCUUCCUCACAGCAGAGGGGGAGGGAGCACACCGACAUCUGCUGAUGGAGUCUGGGACGGGAUGCGCUCCUAUAAUGAUGAUGUCGGCGGCUCCUGGAGGAGGCGGAGCUACAGGUAAGAGCUUGCUGAGCCAAGGAAGAGUCAGCGACGAGGUGGGUGGGAUCAUGUCUGACAUUGAAGUGGACACCUUGGACCUGGACAAAAAAAACAAACAUUAAGACUGAAAACUGAACACAAUUCUAAUCUGGAUCGGCACCACAUUGGACGGCUGUGUGAACACUUGAAACAAACACCACUUUCACUUAAACGUGCUGUUCCUCCUUGGCUCCAAAUGACACCUUCUACCCUAAAAUACAGCACAUUAACCCCUGAGAAACCAUAUUCGGAAAAUACCAUAGAAAGAAAAAUAAAUAAAAAAAAGCAAGAAUGGAAAUAUCAGCAAAAAUAAUGUCAAAAUAUGAAGAGGAAAAAGUCAUAAUUUUAUAGGAAUUAUGUAUAUCAUGAGGAAAAAUUGACUAACAUAAAGUUGAAAUAUUAAAGUUGUAAUAUUACAACAAAGAAAACAACCAAUAAAAUUAUUUUUUUUUGGGGGGGGGAUUAGAUUGCAGAAAAAGUCAUAAUGUUGUCAUAAUAAAGUACAAAUAUUAUGGUAAUGAAUUAUAAUUACGUUAUAAGUUAUAAUUAGAUAGAGAAAAAGAACAUUUACAUAGACCAUUCCUGGGACGAUUGUGGGUACGCGAACACCACCUCCGCUGAACACACACACACACACACACACACACACACACACACACACACACACACACACACACACACACACACACACACACACACACACACACAGUAUAGGAAUAGGAGUGCCAGCAACAUCUGGAGAAGUCAUCACGAGUGGAUCACACUUCCAAGUAGAGAACAAGAAAAGAAGUCUAGACUACAUGUGUCCGUCUCAAACACGUAGACAGGUUUCGGUGUCCAUGCAGGUCUGCAAUCUAUCUGUGGCAUUAGGUUGCACACUUGAUGAUGCAAAAACUCUGCCAAGAAUCUACAUUAUCCGAAACAAGAUGUCGGUUAAAAGUGUGAGCUGAUUUAUCGAUGGCGGCUUUCCCAUUGAAUCCGGCUGAGUGGUCCAAACCUAAAACUAUACACCAAAGAGCAGCUGGCCGUUUAGCGUCAUUGUCACGGGACAUUAGCAAGUCGCUACCCUCCAAUCCCACUAAUGGGUGUCUGAUUAAUCCCUGUUGAACUUUCCAAACUAAUCUACCGCCACCUGGACCCCCAUCCCCUCUGAAACUGAUAGUCCACGCAGGAUAAAUACGCCUCUUAAGCGUCCGCAGCCUCACAGGAUUAAUAUGUGUGAGCGUCAAACAAGCGAAGAAGACCAUAGACGGGAUGCGUUGCCUCGCUUGCUAGCUUGGUCACGUAAUUAUACUGUGCUUCACUUCUUUUUACACUUGUAAGACACUUAAGAAUGUUGAAAAUUGACUUAAGACAUUGCUAUACACCUGAAUAAGUGUUAUGAUGGUCGCAGUUUGACCCUGGAACAGACUUUUCCACUUGUUUUUAUGUUUGACUUCUUUUUACACUUUAGAAUGUGACGUGAGAGUGCUUGUGGGUUU